ACGAAUGUCUACGUCUUCUGGCCAAACGCAACAAUACCAUUCUACAUAUACCCUGAACAUUUUGACCAUGAGCAGUCCAUGUCAAUAAUGACGACCCUCUCGCUCUUCGCGUUCAAGACCUGCCUCAAGUUCCUCCCAGUCCUGGCGCCUCCUCGAGGAAACCAGCACGUGCUGGUGAUCGCCAACCCACAGGGUGUCAGGAAGUGUGUGCCCUCCACUUCUGGGCACUCGAUAGAUGAGCCGCACACGGUGAUCCUGGGCUACGAUUGCCUGCGGCCCCCCCACAUUGAGAUGAUGUUGAUGAAGGCUCUGGGCUUCCCGUUCGAACACAACCGCGCCAGCCGGGACGUCUUCAUAGAGGUGCAGUUUGAGAACAUCGAACCACAUGCCAUGCAACUCUUCACUAAAGACGUCAAGCUGCCUUUAGAACUGCGAGCCCUGUCCUACGACGUGGACAGCGUCCUACAUUUCGGAGAGAGAGACUACAGCAAGAAUGGCCACAGGACAAUCAUCUUCAAGGACCGCUCCAACGCUCCCGUCCGGCAAAACCGCGUCGGUCUAAGUCCUAUAGACCUCCGUAAGAUAGAAAUAGUCUACGGCCCAGAAUGCCGCAAAAGAGAUCGCCAAGAAAAGAUAGAAUUAUGCCAAAACUACCCAGGAGUUGCCAGGAAAAAACGUGAGGUCACUGAGGGUAAUCUAAGAGUCAAUAGAGACAUCACUCCUCCACCAGAAGGUGCCUCAGAACAGAUCAACAACAGUCUAAAAGAUCUAGGCAUAGAAGAUGAGGUACAAGAUGUUGUAGAUCAAGUUUACAAGGUAUCUUCUAAAGCUCUUAGAAACGCUAGAGCCAAAUACUGUAAUGUAACCAAGCCCGAUUUAAGAGUAUCUGAAGAAAAAUUCAAUAGAAAUAACAGCAAUCCUGACAUAUUGGGGAUAAUUGAAACUAUAGCUGAUUACGCUAGAAAUAUGGUCGACAAUGCAGUCGCGAAUCUCACAGAAUUCUGCAGAACUUCCGAAGAUUUAAACAUGUACCAACGGGCUCGAGCUAGGUGCCCAUUUUACGGUGCUAGAGACUGCCCAGUGUCUUAUAAGUCCACCAAAUCUGGCCCAGUGAGGUAUUCUACUCAACACAGACCAGUUUACUUCCAGUCCACCAAAAACGACGGACGCCCUUACAGACCCCAGUUUGCUAGAACUGGCAACGAGACUGGCAACUCAACUGAGGGUGUUGGUAGUAGAAAAAAGAGACACGCAGAGAUUCCAACCAAAGCAGAUGAUGCUGAAGCUAGGCGAAGAGAUGAAGAAGUGACUACAGUAGAAAAUCAACGACGAAGCGAUAACGACACAAAUAUACCUGUGACUGUUCCUGCAAAUAAUAAUAAUACUAAAGCAGGAUUGAGGAUUGCUACGGAUAUUCCUGAAAAGAAGAGGAUAGAGUACGAAACGGAAUGGCCAGGAAAUCACAGGCGAUUCAAGGCAAAGAAGAAAGUGCGCUCAGAGAAGGAAUGGGACGACUCGAAUGUGUCCCUAGAGAAAAGAGAAGAGAGAGAGACAAACAUAAAACAGAGAGAGAGACAGAUAAAGCAGAGAGAGAGGAUCAUUGGAAGGGGAAAGAAGACCCGUCACGUGCAAAAUCGGCAGAAAAGCAGGUUGUUAAGAGAGCAGCCGGAACAUCCACCAGAAGCACACAACACAGAUGGGAUGACAGUACAUCUGUCGAAGGCAAACCAGGAGUUCUACAACGAAAGGAAGUGGCCUGAUGGUGUGGUCAGAUACAUCUUGGUGGAAGACCCUAACUAUGAUUUAGACGACGUGCGCCGUCGCCUCGCAGAAGUGAACAGCAUUCUAGAGAAGAAGACCUGCGUCAAGCUUGAGGAGAUCACAGAGGAUGAAGCUAAGGAGCACGAAGACUAUCUGGUGGUGGACACUAGUGCUGACUUCGUGACGGGGCGAGUUGGGGGAAGGCAGAACUUCGGCAGCCUAGAGCUGUACCGCGGCGGUCAGCAUCGGCAGCAUACAGCCAUGGUCGCUAUGGCUAUGCUGGGCUUCUACUUCGAGCUGUCACGCCACGACCGCGACCGAUACGUGAGGGUGCACCUUCGGCAUGUCCGACCAGACAAGCUCCACCAUUUUGAGAAGAUCCGAUCAGACGCGACGUUCCCGUUGCCCUACGACUAUGAGAGCGCCACGCACCCCGCCUGGCAGUUCUGGAGGAAGGUUGGGAAGAAGGGAAUAUCUACUGUUGCUACUUUUAAGUCCAAGGAUCCGGAGGGAGAAAUCAUGAAGUCAUUGGGUCAAAACGAGAAACUGUUUUCCGAAAUGGACAUAGUCAAGAUCAACAGUGUUUACGGAGUGAAAUGCUUUCAGAAGAACGCAUUGAGAACUGGAAAAAAUAAGAAGAGGAGACCCGCCAAAAGGCGGGAAUAAAAUGUGAUAUUAAAUUGACAUUGUAAAAUACCUUAAAAUAGUUAUCAAUUAAAAAAAUAAAAAUGAUUUCGUUAUU